UCUUGUGGAAAGUGCCUGCUGUGGGAUGUGAAACACAGAUAGCAGUCAAAUUCAACAUUCCUAGAGCGGACAUGAAAGGGGAUGUUUGCAGCAGCCAGUAGAAAACUUCCUGUUUCCUCCUGGGCUGGGACAAACUUCCUCUACAUGUGACCAAAGGUGGGCGUUGCCUUUAACUGUGCAGGUAAAAAGUAGCACAGCGCAAGCAGCCAUCUCUCUCUCUGACUCCAUUCCUCGAAGAAGCAACACCUCUUCAGCUACAGAUGCCCUGCUGGCUUCCAGCCAACAGAGCACAAAGGGACUAUCUCCUUAUUGGAUAGAUUCCACGUGCAUAUACUUUUGUAACCUACGUCUCCCUUCAGGGAUCCAUCUGUGAACUGAAUAACGAAGAAAUGGCUCGCCAGCUGGUGGAGCUGGGCUUCCGAGGAAGCGGCGAAGUGCUGAAGAGGGAAGAUUUCAUAGCUAGGAAAUUGGCCGCCGAGGCUUCGAGGCUCUCAGAAAGGCAGCAGCAAAAAGCUCUGGCAAGUGCAGGAAAAGAGCUGAAAGACGACUUUCUGAAGGCGCUGGCAGAGAGGGAGGAAGCCAACCGCAACGGCAAAAUGUCUUCCAUAAUCUUCAUUCGGGAUCACAAUAUCCGUGGCCAGGAAGUAUCUGCAUAUAUCGAUUAUGCACACCGGUUAAAGGUGGACGAGUUUGAAGUCUAUUUCAGUGGCAAGAAGAAGCUUUUCCCCAGGCGCUCUGAUCUGAGUUUCUACAACUGGGACAGGAAUAUCUGCUGCUUGAAUUCAAGUCCAAAUUACCAAGUGAUUGCAGAAAAUGUGUGCGGCCUCCUCUUCAAGAACAAGUCUGACAGGAAGGUCAUCAAUGUUGACCCCAAGGCUUAUCCAGGGGACAACACAACACGGACUCCAAUCGAAACGGACCUCUACCUGCAGGUGGUCAUUUAUGAUCAUGUCCUCAGAAGAAAGCUCUAAACAUCAUUUCUGACGAGGAAUAAAUACACUGGGAGAAGUCUUUAAUAUGUAUACCCAAGGUGGAGAGAGAGAGGGGGGGGGGUAGUUUAUUCCAAGGACUAAAUAGUCAAGGGUGCCUUAGGCUGUUAAGGAACAGUUACCAAAUAGCACUUUUCCUGAGGUUGUUUAUUAAAGAGAUUUUGCCUUUGUUUUCCUAUCUG